AUGGUAGACCAGGGCAGUGAUGCAGAUAUUAUGUACUCUAACUUGUACAAAAGGCUGAACUUAAAUCCUGAGGAUCUGACAGCAUAUGAUUCACCUUUAGUGAUUUUUGAUGGGAAGGUUGUCAUCCCAAGGGGUCAGAUCAGGUUGCCAAUGCAGACAGGUUCAAAGGUGGUUGAAGUGGACUUUAUUGUGGUGGAUGCAUACUCUCCCUACACGGCCAUUGUGGCCAGAUCUUGGCUUCAUGCCCUAGGGGCUGCUUCUUCAACUCUGCAUUUGCAAGUGAAGUAUCCAUCAGGGGACCGAAUUAAGGAGCUUGUGGGGAGUCAAUCCAUGGCUAGGCAGUGCCUCGUAACUGCCAUUAUGCAUCAGCCUGCGGCUAAGUCAUUGGCCUCUACCGAGGGGGGCUUAUAG